GACGUCGCUUUCAUCGUUUCGGCUUAAAAACAGUGCAGCUAUGCGUGUGUGAUGAAAAAGAAGCAGCUCGCGGAAGUGAAGGCGGAGGGAGGGGUACACCGCUCAGUGGAGCACGGAAACGCCUAAAACAAAACACACCCCGCUCGCUCGCGCUGACACUGAAGUUCAUCUGAAAGUGCCUUGCCUUUUGCUCGCGAAGAUGCCCAGAGGAUUUCUAGUCAAGAGAAACAGGAAAGCGACGCCCGUGUCGUACCGGAUACGCGCGGAGCACGAGGAGGACCAGGAGCCCGCGCAGAUGAUGAUGAUGGUGAUGAUGCACAGACCACCGAGCGAUGCGCGUCACUCAGCUCCCGAGUCCAUAGCGUUAGCCGCAUCAGCACCGCAGCGCGCGGACAGUCUGAGCCACGCGCCCAAACCGCUGGUGCGCUUCGGGAACCCGGAGACGAUAUGCCAGUCUGUGUACAGCCCCACGCGCCCGGUCAGCCGCGAGCACGAGCGCGUGUCCCUCGAGCGCCGUUUCGACCUCGGCUCCCCGGUCUCGGCGGAGUCUUUCCCGACGCUCAGCGGCUCCGAAGCGCAGCAGCAGCAGCAGCUCGCGUGCGCUCCUGUGGACCUAAAGAUCGGCACGAGCGACAGCAACCGCAUCGCGAGCAAGCGAGCAGCGCCCGAGCCCGAGCGCAAGAGCAAACCGGCGCCGAAAAAAACCAAAGCGAUCAGGAAGCUGCAGUUCGAGGACGAGGUCACGACCUCACCGGUGCUCGGGCUAAGGAUCAAAGAGGGUCCGGUCGAGCAGAAGCCGAGCGCGCGCUCUGGCAUGGACAAGCCGCUGGGUGAGUUCGUGUGCCGUCUAUGCGGGGAGGCGUACGCGGACCCGUUCGCCCUGGCGCAGCACAGGUGCUCGCGCAUCGUGCGCGUCGAGUACAGGUGUCCCGAGUGCGACAAGGCGUUCAGCUGCCCCGCCAACCUCGCCUCGCACCGGCGCUGGCACAAACCCAAGCAAAUAACCGCGACGGGUAACGACGGCGCCGACAAGAAGCCCAGCGACGCGAACAAGGAGGCGCAAAGCGAGCUCGAGCGCGAACGCGACACGCCAAGCCCAGGAGCCUCGGAGUCGGGAUCCGGCUCGGACUCGGACGGCGUGUACGAGUGCCAGCGCUGCGCGAGGAAGUUCAAACGCCAGGCGUAUCUCAAGAAGCACGUCCUGACACACCACGCUCCUCUGAGCGCGGCGUCACAAGAAGCCGACCCCAAACGCCUGGACCAUGCGCAGGCGGUACCGGCGCAGGCGCCGCUGGACUUGAGUGCGUGCCCCGUGUGCGGGGAGACUUUCCCAAGUCGCGUGGCGCAGGAGAGGCACGUCCGCGUGCAGCACGCGUCUCACGUGUACCCGUGCAAGCACUGCCCGGCGGCUUUCUACAGCUCCCCAGCGCUCACACGCCACAUCAACAAGUGCCACCCGUCAGAAAACCGGCAGGUGAUUCUGCUGCAGGUGCCCGUGAGACCCGCCUGCUGAACAGCCUCGCGUGCCUUUAAACAUUAAAGGGAAACAAAAUAACGAACUCGGCAGCGCGUGCAGAGGAGAACGACGCAGCUAUAAAGCCUGGCGCGUGAAAUCUGCACGAUAGUAGUUUAUCAGAAUGACGUGCACAGCGAAACUAUUAGGGGUUUAGUUAACACAGACUGAAGUACAGUACGGAAUUAACGCACGCACACACACACACGCACACACCCGAAGACCUUAUUUAACACGCUGUUAGAAAGAAAGUUACAAGGCUAGAGUGUGACAGACACUACAGUGUUAGUCAACACAACAUUGUCUCAGUUCACUAAGACUUAAUAAAGCACUGCAGGUGGUUAGGGCCUCGUAGAAGACUGAGACCCCAAUCAUGCUAUAGGUAUUAUUUACCUUAACUCAGCUAACUUAUUUAUUUAUUUAUCUAUGUAUGUGUGUAUUAAUUAAUUUAUUUAUUUAACUUAACUUGCAUUUUUCACCUAGCAGAAUUAGCUUUUUUUUUGAUACUAAGCAAUAAAUCGACACUGUUGAACCAACAAAAACAUAACUGUGAGUGCAGUACGAACUGUACAACUAAAAUCUAAUUCAAACAUGAUAAUAAAACAGAUAAAUCAUAAUCUUUUUUUAAAUUAAAGAACAGCCAAAAGAUGCUUUAAUAUCAAGGGUUUGUUUUUAGUGUCACUAAGCAAUUCAUAUCAAAAAGCCCUCAAUCAACUACAAAGGUUAUAUUGUUGUAACCUUAAGAUCUGGACUAUAGUAAGCACAUCUGUUUGCAUAAUGCAUGCUUUUAUGUUAUGCAGAUGCAAAAAAAUAAAAAUAAAUAAUAGAUUAUACAUUCCUCAUUUGAAAUUCCUUAACAUACAGGGGUCAGGCAUAGAGGUAACCACAGGAGCUAAAAUCCCACCUGACAUUCCUCCAGAACCGUCACUGGUUAGUGUUGAUUCAACGUAAUGGUUUUCGCUGUGCACUCAUCGACUGUUAAAUUAUUUUUCUAGAAUCUCUGCACAAGUUCUGUCCUGUGUUAGCUCAUCUAGACCUAAGAAACUGAUAAUCUUGGCUGUGCCGUUACUGAAAAUGCCUUCAAAUUCACAGGAAUGGAAAUCUACCUAUAUGACUUUAGCUUUAAUCUAGCUUGUGGAUCUGUGGACUUUGGACUUUAGCUUUUGUUCUCAGACCUUAAUAACAAUAAUAACAAUAAAGAUGAUGAUGACGAUGAUAAAGGGUUUUAGCCUUCUAGUGUAGCCAGAAAUGCCUUAAAAUAGGUCACACACACAUUCUGCUGUAUAACUGCCUUAAUUGUGUAAAUGUGGGGUGACUGAAUGUCUUAUUUAUCCUUUAAAUGGUACGCUUCUUAUUUUUAUAUUGUUCCAAUGUGUGUAUACAUUCACAUUGGCUUUAUUUAUCUAUGUAUUUAUUUAUUGCAAAUGUUUUAUUUAAAUUAUUUCAAUGUCCAAGUUAGGCUAGGAAAUUUGAAAUGGCCAAAUGUUUAAUUUAAAUGUCAAUCAGUGCAACAAUAAGAAGGCAAAAUAAAAAAAAUAAACAAAAAUAAUAAUUAAAAAAAAGUAGUCUAGGGGUCACAAGACCAUUUACCCAUCAUUGUUAGGUAGCCUUACAAUAAUUAGCCUAUUCCCUAUGGGCCGAUUAGUUUUGGAAAAUCAUUCCGUCAGUGCUUGUGUGUUUCUGCAGUAUUGCUAUGUGUCCAAAUGAUGAUAAUGACAAUAAAACAAUCAAAAAACAAAAC